CGCCGUGGCUCCGGCAUGAACAAAUAUCUGCAGUGUUUAUUGACCCCGGGCACCUCAGAGCGAGGCUAUGAUCCCUACAACCCUGAGCUUCCCAGGCCGUCGCUGGAGGCGGAGGAUGGCACUCUGGCUGACAUUACAGAUGUCACACCCGGUAUUCUGGAGCUGGAGCUGGUCAACAAGGCCAUCGAGGCAGUGAAGAAUGAAGUGGAGAGGGAGCAGAAGAAAUACGAGGAGCUGCUGGAAACCACGAAGGAGUUUGGUGCUUCAGAGGGCUCCUCACUCAUUUCAAACACACCUGUGUCAGCAGCUGGGCCUCAGAAUGAUUCCUUUGCCUCCUUGGAGUAUAAUCCAGGGAGCUUCAACUUCAAUAAUAACUCGGACUACAACCCCACUCCUCUGGCUGCUGCUGGCCGGUCCAGUAAAUACACUUUGGAUUCCUCCCGCUCCAAAGGGAGCUCUCUGGAAUAUGUCCCCAAAGCUGUAGUCCAGAAUAAAAAAUACAGCAGCACUGUCACUAACAAUAAAUACGUGAUUGAUGACUCCAAGCCUUCCACAGACUUGGAAUACGACCCCCUUUCCAAUUACUCUGCCAGGCUGUUGGGCAAAGCCACAACCAAGGGGUCCAAAAGGGAAAGGGCCUCUGAUUAUGAGGACUCUUACUCGCCAUUGCAGAAGAAGCUCUGCGAAGAUCCCGAUGAUGAUGAGGUGUUGGCCAGGUUCUCCUCCUCUGAGGAUGAAGCUGAGGUGGAAUAUAAAACAGCUUCUGUUAGUUCACCCUCAAAAGCUGGUUCUGAGAAUGAGUCAAAUGAGUUCUCCAGCAAAGAGCAGAGCACAAAAGUAGAUGGCUCUGCUUCCCAGGAGAGCAAAGAAGCAGCACAGCACAGGGAGAACCUUCCAAAUUCACAGAAAAACCUUGCCAAGAGCUCAUCAGACAAGAAUUCAAAAGCAGCGAAGUUGUGUUCUGUUAAGAACAGCAAGGAAAUUGAAAAUAAAAACAAAGACUCGAAAGACAAAAAAAGGAAGAAAACAGAUGUUAAUAAAACACCAGGCCUCAGUGAGGCUGGGAAAAAGGAGAAAAUUAAAAGUACAGACAAAGAUAAAGUGGUCAAGAAAGAUGAAAAAUUAAAAACGAAGAAUGAAGAGAAAAACUGUAAAGACAAAAGCGUUAAAUUGAAAACAGAUGGGAACUUGAAGAAACCUGAGAAACAGAAGUCAGAAAAAGUGGAUGGGUGUAAGAAAGAAAAAUCCAAGUCCACCACAAGCAAUUCAGGGAAAAACAAGAGCGAGGGUGUCACCAAGGGCACAGAGAAAGUGGAGAGCAGCAAGAAGGACUCGCAGAGCAAAACUGCUGAUGUGAAAAAUGGAAAGGAAAGCUCUGGUCGUAAAAACAAAGAGAAAGGGAGCAAGACCUCCCUGGAACGAAAGAAAGACAAGGUCAGUUCUGCAGGACAGGGAGACCCGAAGAAGGGUCGGAAGCAGCGGAGUUUGAGUCACGUGGACCUGUUUGGAGAUGAGAGUGGAGAUGACGAUGACAAAGGCCGGCCUUUGUCCUCCUCGUUACUUGAUGUGAGCUCAGACUUGGAUGGGGCUGACUCUGGCUCGGCCUCUGAGAGUGACAAGGACAGGACAAAGAAAGUGAAGCGCUCAAAGUUAUCCAAGUCAUCAUCAUCUUCCUCAACAUCUGAUGACAUUGAUUAUUCCAUCCUUGAGAAAGAUGUGGACUUUGAGUCAGAUCCCAUGGAGGAGUGUCUCAGGAUCUUUAAUGAAUCUAAAGAUGUGAAAACUGAAGACAAAGGAAGGCUGGGGAAACAGCCAUCCAAAGAGGAAGCAAAUGAAGAAAAGACAGAAGAUAAUUUAACUACCUUGUUUCCUGGCCAAAAAAGAAGGAUCUCUCAUCUUGUCAAACAAGGAAAUGCAGAGGCCCCGAGCAAGCCGGUGGUGCGGCCGUACCGUCCCCCCACGGCCCAGGAGGUGUGUUACCAGAGGAUCCAGCUGGCUCAGCAGCAGGCAGCACAGCUGGUUGGGGCUGUUCAGAAGACCUCCCUCAGUUUGCCAGGAGAAAAGAGGAGGAUUGCUCACGUGCCAAAUGCAGCCCUCACCGCAGCAGCCAAGCAAAGCCUCGGGAGCAGUAAGACGACUCUUGGUGGCAGGAGUGUCACACCUUCCAAUGACUCUGAAGCCCCCACCCUUCCUCUGAAGCCUUGCACCUUGGCUGGGAUGGCUUCCAAGACCACCACCACCAUCGUGCCCAAAAGGGUAGCACAUGUUCCCUCCUUACAGAGCACCACUUUACAGAGGCCUGUUAUUCCCACAGAAUUUGGUGCUAAAGUCCCAACCAACAUUCGUCAGAGGUAUCUCAAUCUCUUCAUUGAUGAGUGCCUGAAAUUCUGCUCCUCCUCCCAGGAAGCCUUCGACAAGGCCCUGGCAGAGGAGAAGGUGGCCUAUGAGCGCAGCACCAGUCGCAACAUCUACCUGAACGUGGCUGUGAACACCCUGAAGAAGCUCCGCAGCCUCGUGCCCAACUCCCCGGCCAGCACCAACAAGACAAGUAACAAGAAGGUGGUGUCCCACGAAGCUGUGCUGGGAGGGAAGCUUGCUGCCAAGACCAGCUUUACUCUGAACCGCUCAGGGAGCCUGAGAGCCGAGGAUCUGACAGGAGCUGCCCUGUACCGGCGCCUCAAGGAGUACCUGAUGACCGAGGAGCAGCUCAAGGAGAACGGGUACCCAAUGCCUCACCCUGAGAAGGCCGGACGUGCUGUGCUCUUCACUGCAGAGGAGAAGAAAGUGAUUGACUCCUCGUGCAGGAUCUGCUGUCGCUGUGGCACCGAGUACAUGGUCUCAGCCUCGGGGAACUGCAUCCGGAAGGAGGAGUGUGUCCAUCACUGGGGGCGGCUGCGCAAGCAGAGAGUGCCAGGUGGGUGGGAAACUCACUACAGCUGCUGCUCCGGAGCUGUGGGGUCACCAGGCUGCCAGGUUGCUAAACAACACGUGCACGAUGGGCGCAAGGAGAGCCUGGAUGGCUUUGUGAAGACUUUUGAGAAGCUGCCCACGACUGAUGGCUACCCUGGGAUCUAUGCCUUAGACUGUGAAAUGUGCUACACUAAACAAGGACUGGAGCUGACAAGAGUAACUGUGAUCAACUCAGAGCUGAAAGUGGUGUACGACACCUUUGUGAAGCCAGACUCCAAGGUGGUGGAUUACAACACCAGAUUCUCAGGUGUGACAGAAGAGGACCUGGAGAACACAAGCAUCACCCUGCGGGAUGUCCAAGCCGUCCUACUGAACAUGUUCAGUGCAGACACCAUAUUGAUAGGGCACAGCUUGGAAAGCGAUUUAUUUGCACUAAAGCUGAUCCACGGCACUGUAGUGGACACAGCCAUCGUGUUCCCCCACCGCCUGGGGCUGCCCUACAAGCGGGCCCUGCGCACGCUGAUGGCCGACUACCUCAAACGCAUCAUCCAGGACAAUGUGGAAGGACAUGACUCCAGUGAGGAUGCCCGAGCCUGCAUGGAGCUGAUGGUGUGGAAGAUCAAAGAGGAUGCGAAAGUGAAGCGAUGACCUGCGCGUUGUCUCUCUGCUGUUCUCCUGCACCUCUGUGAAAAAGCAGUGCAAUAAAUGCCCACAGCCACUCUGUC